AUGCCUGCUACCCAAGGACUUCCAGAGUUUAGCCUAGCAGGAAAGGUGGUGCUGGUGUCGGGUGCUGCUCGAGGACUCGGUUUGACACAAGCCGAAGCGUUGCUGGAAGCUGGCGCACGAGUGUACGCACUUGACAGACUCGAAGAACCCUCAGCAGACUUUGCGCCAAUCGCCGAGAAAGCAAAGAAAGAAUACGGAACCUCGCUCGAGUACCGCCAAAUAGAUGUUCGGGAUGUGAAGAAGCUCCACGAGAUUGUGGAGGAAAUUGCCAACAAGGAGGGCAGACUGGACGGGUUGAUCGCUGCUGCCGGUAUUCAGCAAGAAACCACUGCGCUGGAGUACACAGCUGAAGACGCGAACCGCAUGUUCGAGGUCAACAUCACCGGUGUAAUGAUGACUGCGCAAGCAGCCGCGAAGCAGAUGAUCAAGUUUGGAACUGGAGGAAGUAUCGUGCUCAUCGCCAGCAUGUCCGGUACUGUCGCAAACAGGGGUCUAAUCUGCUCAGCAUACAACGCGUCCAAAGCUGGUGUAAUACAACUCGCUCGCAACCUCGCAUCGGAAUGGGGCGAGCACAACAUCCGCGUCAACACAAUCUCGCCAGGAUACAUUGUGACGGCAAUGGUGGAGGAGCUCUUCAAGAAGUACCCAGAGCGAAGAGACACAUGGCCAACGCAGAACAUGCUGGGUCGUCUGUCGAAGCCGGAGGAAUACCGUGGUGCAGCAGUCUUCCUGUUGAGUGAUGCUAGUUCAUUCAUGACUGGCGCAGACCUUAGGAUGGAUGGUGGCCAUGCUGCGUGGUAG